AAGCAUCACUCUGCAGUUCUACAAAUGGAUGACAGAGGGCGCCUCCCUCCAGGUGGGGGUGGUGAGCCCAAACUCCCAACCUCGGCUAUCCAACUGAAACCUGACCACGAGGUCAGGCAGGUACGGAGGGAACCAGGUGACCCGGUGACGUCCACGCAUGUCCGUAAGGAAGAUAUCUCGGAUGUGCCGCGCAAGGUGCCUCGCUUCAAAUAUGUGGACUUCCCCUCGCUGCACCAGUGCAUCAAGCAACUAUCUGUGCCACCCCUGGAGGGCUGGCUGGCCUCAUGCCCUCUGGGAAGAGUACCAUCCUGCCAGCCCAGCAGCCCCAAGGAAAAGGUGCCCAAGUUUAAGUAUGUUGACUACCCUUCACUCUACCAUUGCAUUCAGCAGCUGUCCGUACCUCCAUUGGAGAUCUGGAGCUCGGGCUUGACAAGGCCUGGCUCUGGAGAGUCGGAGAGGGGCAUGGCAGGGCAGAACACCUCUCAGAUGCCUGGACACAGCAGUGAGAACCAUCAAGAGGAGAGGGGGACUGGAACAAAGCAGCAGGUGUCCAAGGGUCCCGGUUCCAGAGUAGCAUACCCAGAACUAGCAGCCUUGCAGCACCCAAGACACAUUUUGCCAGACCUAUCUUCAGAGUCAGGAAAGAACCAUCAUACAGAUCCAGAUGACCUGUCCCAGAAACCCUCUGGUUCCAGAUUAGAAGUGGACAGAGUGGCAACAAGGAACGAGAGGGAUGUCAGGCCAUCGGUUAUUAGUAUGGUGCGCACACAACGCCAGAAACGUCACCUAGAACCAGAGGGAUGGUCAAAGCGGGAAAAAUGUCCGGAUUCUGUAGAACACAUAGAGCAGAAAACAGUUCCAGAGUCAGUGUGUCCUUUCUGCCAGCAGAUGUUCACAGAUCCUGAGGAGCUCUGGACUCACCAGCGCAGCCACAAAGACAAGAGACCACACUGAUGACUCAGAAACUCAUCGAAGAUAUCAUUGGUCACCUGUUCAGUGACAGUCUGGCCUUGACCUAUCAGCUUAUUCCACAUCUACAGGAAGCUCCUGACUGGCAAGGACUUCUCUGCUAAGAAUGGUCAUUCUGUCUGUUACAGUGUUAGCAUUGGGGAGACCAAAAGACUGAAGACAUAUUAAACAUAUAACAACCUUUAGAACCUUGGGCAAGUACAAACAGCGGUUAACUGAACGUGAGAUGUUAACAGGCCCAAUGACUGGUUGUGAAAAAAUGGACAGACACGCAUACAUACAUGUCCCAGGCAAAGGUAAUAUUUGCUGUCCUUUAUGACCAGUUGAUGCAACACUGUUGGCCUAUGGGCUUAAGUAGUGUAAAUUAACUCUGGGGUGGGAGGAUAUCUGGUGAAACUAGCUUUAAGAUCUGACAAAGAUGCCAGGGUUUCCCAUUUAUGGGCUUUGCAGUGAAAGAUACCUUAUUACCUAGCCAACAUUCAUGAAACUCAGAGUCUGAUGCCUCAACAGUGCCGCAGGCACAAGAAUCGUCAUAAAAUAGUAGAGGUCCUCAGCCCAUCCUAUGGGACCCCACAAGGCCAGCAGCACCUGCUUACCUGGUCCAGAUGUCUUGGGAAUUCCAGAACUGGAUUUGGGAACCUAGUGUAAACAAGACUUUCUCUCUGUGAGUUAAGAUGAUCCUACAUUUGGGAAGCCAGGCCCAGAACAGGACACAGAGGCAUUUGUGCUGGGGACACUGGGGGUUAUAAGUAUAGUAUCUCGGGGUGAUUAUCUAGCUUCGGGUGCCUAUCAAAAAGUGGCUAUUGCAUAUGCUGCAACAAACAUAGGCUUGUCGUUUGUUACCUGAUCUUUUUAAUCUUUGUAUUUCUGAUGUCUUUUUUUAAAGUGAUUAAUGUAUGGUUGCUUAGAAUUGAUAGAUUUAACUUAAGACUUAUUAAACCGGUUUUCAAAAUGUUUUCUUGUUUGUGUGCAUUAAAGGUUUUUUUGUACAGAGA